UAAUACUUUUAUUUUUACAGAAACAACUUAUUCGGUACAAACACAACAACAUAAUACAUAUAAAACUUAAAAUCUAAAUCUAAAAAUAAAUAAAACUAAUCUUAAAAUAAAUAAUUAAAAACUAUCCCCCUGCGGCAUGGUGCCGUAGAUGCUGGCAGCAAUUCCUCGUUGUACCGCAAUACUUAUUCUCUGUGCGAGGAAGCUGCCAGCUCUACGAUCACCGGUAGCGUCUGUUAUUUUUUUGGCAAAUUCCUUAAAUAGUGUAGAUGCAUUCGGACCCCACGGGUCAAGGGUGUCGACGCCAAAAGGUACGAAAUCGUAUUCGGGGCCGAGACCCCUAUAUUUGAUCUUUUUUAAUUUUUCGGCCGCCUCUGCCGCCGCGCCAGCUUUUGCAGUUGUGCCGUGGAGAUGAGACGGGGCUAGGGUGUCUACACAUGUGGCGUCCCGCACCAGCACCCGUCCCAUCUUCCACGGAAUUAGUGACAUUCCGUCCGGUCUCUUACCAUCGUCUCUUACAAUACCAGCUGGCUCAAGAAGAGCUGGCACGUUCACGCUGGCAAGAGACCGGCGGAGAAUAUCGUUUAUUAGUUUUGUAUAUUAACCAUUUUUUUACAUUUCAAAUAUUGGAAAUGAUGUGCUGAUAUUUGAGGAAACGGAAAAAUAUUAUUUCUCGUGCCCGAAAUCGGGUAUGAUAUCAGGCCUGACAAAGUGUGGAUGUAAUUGGCGCUUUUAGACCGAAAAAAUACAGGCCAGUCCAGAUGGGAACACUUUUUCACCAAUCUGAUGAAAUAGGGUUGUUUCCAAUUUUUUGAAACGCUUGUAUUACGUUCUAUAUUAACUAAAAGUUGCCCUAAAAUUCAACUUUUAUACUAAAAACAGCUUUAAAUAUGUUAAAUUAACAAAAUAUAUUUUGACAGAUGCUUUCGCGUCCAAAACGCUCUUUGAAAAUUGUAUGACGUCACAGUUUACGGUUUGACACAAUUACAUACACACGUAGAAGAUACGAACUGUCAACUGACAUUUUUCAUUUGUUGUUUAUCGCCUAACUGUCAACAGUGUCAAUCCGAGAGUUGUGACGUCAUCAGAAUCUUCAAUGACGUUUCGAGUUUGGUCACGUGACGUGUGCCAAAAGAUAUUUUAAAUUCAAUAUUUACAAAAAUAUGGUCAUUACAGGUCCCCUAAAAGUAGUUUAACAUGUUCUUAUAAUCCAAAAGAAUUUAUUGGGAUACAAUUCUGCCCUAAGAUUUGUAGAUGGAAACAACCCUAUUGGCAGAUCAUAUCAGGCCGUGCGGACGCAAACAUAAUUUUGCUCGCAUAUUUCGACUGACGAUUAUGACCGAUAUAACCAAUAAAAUGGAGGUGCGGACGUAUGAAUACAUAAUUGUGACGCCAGUAUUCACGUUUUUGCACGCAUUUUUUAAUUUAGAGCGCUCAAAUAUCACCAUGAAUCUAAAAUUGGUGAUUAAAUUGGAGAUUGACGCCAAUUUCUUUUCUGAUCAAAUCGGUCGAUUUAAUCAUUCCGUCUGGACUGGCCGUAUGUCAAUCGUAAUGAUAUUUUGUGCGGAAAAAUACAUCUCUAGAAUAUCAAGAAAGUAAAAAAAAGUUUGAAAUUUGAACCGAGUAGUCGGUUAAUUGGACUACAUCAGUUUAUUGUGUUGUUUCUUUCAGUAAAAGUUCAGCUUAGAAUUUGUAAAUAUGAGUUUAAUCGACGAAACAUGGGACUUCGGAAUAGAUAUUAAACAAUUAGAUCAAAAGUUAUUCGGUGAAUUCAAAUCUGAUGUGGGAAAUUUAUCUAAACAGAUCGCUAACCAGUUAGAUAGUUUCCAAACACAGAACCUAAAUUACUCUGGAAGUUCAGCUAAGAACAGCGACGACGAAUUAAGAAUGUUAACUGAAAAAAAUAAACAAUUGGUACACGACAUUAAGUCCAAAGUUGAAGAAUACGAGCAACAACAGGUGAAAUAUAGCAAAUUUAAAUCAGAGCAAAAAUUACUUGCAAAAGAAAUCAAGGAUACCCAUGAAGCGUUUUUAAUGGCAAAAAAGUAUUACAAGAAAUUUUUAAAAAUUUACUUCUCCAUUGAAUCAAGGAAUGAUGGGAAAGAUGGGAUAUUUCUGCAAUACUUCACUGAAGCAAAGAAAGAAUCCAAAGGAAAUUCAGUUUAUUUGUUGAGGGAUUCAAAAACAAAACAUUAUGAAGUGUUGCAGAUAACACCAGGGCAAGAGAUUUGUAAAGAAGUUCAACAGAAACUACAAGCUACAAAUGAUGUGCCUGGUGCUCUUUGCUACAUCAGACGACAUUUUAUGGAAAUGAAGAAAGGAAAAAAGGUAGACUCGUAAAAAUCACUACAUUAUUCAGGCUUACUUUAAUUUAUUUAUCCUACACAGUAAAUAGCCAUCCUUUUUUAUUUGUGUCACUUUAUCUUUCAAUCUGUAGAACUGAAUAGGAAAAAGGUGUAAAUAAAAUAUUUUGACUCA